CGGACCGAGCCGAGGCACAGACGCCGGGAGCUGCGGGAGGAUGCGGCCGGCGGCCGUGUCAACCCGGAGCUGGAAGCGCUGCCGGGCGCCGGGGGCCGUGGGGGCGCGCUAGGCAAGCGGCUGCAAGCGGCGUGCUCUGUCCUUUGAGGUUCUAACCUUCCCGGAGACAACAGGCAGGAGGACAAGGUCCAAACGCUAGGUGGCUGGGUCCAGGUGAGUUGAAUUCCUUCUUUGCAGUGCAACACUCAUCCUUGAAGUGACUACUGUUCCUUCCUUCCUCCUGACACUUCACUACUGCACACAUGUUCAUAUAACCAUGCGAGCACUGUUUGUGCCCUCUGAGAAUGCACAGACUCUUCUGGUGAUCAUGUAUACCCCAGGGAUUUCUCCCUGGCCUCUUGCCAGCCUUUGUCAUGUCCUACUUCUUUUCCUAAUACUUAUCCACGCAUUCAUGUCUGUUCUUUCUAUAUUGUUGAGGUGACUGAAGAAGUAUGAGAGCUUUGUCAGUUAAUCCUUCAGUAUUGAUGGAGUGUAUACUUAGUGCCAGGCACUGGAAACAAGUGCAUCAGCAAUGGGAAAGAAAAUGUUUUUAUGGGGCUCAUAGUCUAUUGGCACAUUAAAGUCAUUGGAAAAAUAAUUGUAUGAUUCAUGCCUUUGAAAGAAAAUGUUCACUAUGGGCAGCUGACAUAAUUUGGAUGGGGCAUGUGAGGCCUCCCUGAGAGUCAGUGACUAAAGCUGAGCCCUGAGCAUGGCGAGUAGUAGUGUUCUGAGGGAAGCAUGGUCUAAGCAGAAGGGAGAGGGGUGUUCCUGAGAGAUGCAGAGAGAGAGGAGCAGAAAAUCCAGGCUGCCUGGAGCAAGAGAAAAAAUAGAAUGACAUUUGAUCGAGGUGGAGAAAAGGUAAGUUGGGGCUAGAUUGCAAAGGCUGUGUUAUCUUUUUGGUGAGUAUUUGGGUUUUGCCUGACAUGGAAUGGGAGACCAUGAAGUGUUGAAACUGUGGGUGUGGAGUAACAUGAUAGUCAGAUCUGUGUUUUAAAAAGUCUGUUCUGGCUGUAGGGUGAAGGGGAAAGUGGAAACCUAGAGACCACCUCGGGUCUGGUGGUUUGGAUUAAGGUCAUGGCAGGUGGAGAGAAGUGAAAUGAACAGAUUUGCAGGAUGCUGAGGAGGGAGGCUUGUCAGGACGUGUACGUCUGUGCAGGGCCUGCUGGCUCAUUCAGUGAAUGAUACUAUGCUGGGAAGUGCACACAAUAACCAAAGGUUGUUUGCUCUAUCAGCAGGCAUUGAUCCCGUGCCUGAUCUGGGACAGUGGGUCUACAGAAGUGAGUGACAUAAUCCCUGGCUCCAAUUAAAUGGAGAGUGAGAAAACAUGCUCACCAAGAUAGGGGGCUGUUUGUUGGUCUGUUACCACCUGGGAAAGGCCCACAAGCUGUCUGGAGAGCCCACUGGGGAUGGGGUGAUGAAUUCCUGACCUCAUGAAUGUUCCAGGAAUCCAGUUUCUGGCACGCAAGCCUGUGGCGACUCAGAACCUUUACUUUGCGUAUGGAUUCAUCUUAUGUUGGCAGACCUACAGGGGAAACGAAACCAUAAUGAGAAGGUUGCUAGAAAGAGGCAGGAGAAUGGAGCAAACGAGAAGAGAGAAGAGACCACACACCAUGCUGUCCCAGAGAGAUGAAGAAAGUAACCUCCACGGUUCCUGACUUUAAAGGUCUCAGAGUCCAGCCCCCUCUUAUGAGGCCCUGUGUUUUUGUCUGUUCCUGAAGCCUUGAGGAGUGGAGAGCUGCUUGGUCUGAAGUUGCAGAAAGGAUCCCAUUCCCAAACAGGUCCCUGAGUACUGACUGUCACAGGCUGCUGCAUCUUUCCUGUUGACCUAUUGAAAAUUUUACUUAGAAAAAUGCUGCUUCCAAAACACUUGUCUGCCACCAAAUCUAAGAAGUCCUGGGCCCCAGAUCUGUAUGAGCUAGACAGUGACUUGACUAAGGAGCCGGAAGCCAUCAUAGAAGGAGGCACAACUGACUCUGAAUUCUUUCAUCAGAGGUUUCGGAAUUUCUUCUACGUGGAAUUUGUUGGGCCCCAGAAGACCCUGAUCCAACUCCGAAACCUCUGCCUCGAUUGGUUGCAGCCGGAGACUCACUCCAAGGAGGAGAUUAUCGAGCUCUUGGUCCUUGAGCAGUACCUGACCAUCUUGCCAGAAAGGAUCAAACCUUGGAUACAGGCCAAAAACCCAGAGAACUGCGAGAAGCUAGUUACUCUGCUGGAAAAUUACAAAGAGAUGUACGAACCAGAAGAAGACAUUGACUGCAAAGACAACAUGAGCCAAAACAGAGGAGAGUCCCCACCACCACGCCCCGUGUCCCCACCACCACGCCCCGUGUAUUCUUUCUGCAGUGCCCGGGACCGGAGGGGCAGAAGCAGAGACGUGGAAUUCCGAGGCCGCUGGCCAUAUGCCAGGAGUUCUGGGAACCGGUUGCCUCCACGCAACCUCUCCCUGCCUCUGAUAGAGAAGACAGCUUUUGAGAUGGAGAGAGAAAACAGCAGCAGAGGCUCUGUGAUGGGUUAUCGGUCCCGGCCCCAGGGUGCAGAAUCAUACCAGGACGUUGUGGGUCUCUCUAAAGACAGGAAGUCUCAGAACCCCAUUCAGGACAACAUGGAGAAUUACAGGAAGCUGCUUUCCCUGGGGGUUCAGCUUGCUGAAGAUGAUGGGCACUCACACAUGACACAAGGCCAUUUGUCAAGGUCAAAGAGAAGCGCCUACCCAAGCACCAGUCGAGGUCUGAAAACUAUGCCUGAAACCAAAAAGUCAACCCAUCGGCGGGGAAUUUGUGAAGAUGAAUCUUCCCACGGGGUGAUUAUGGAAAAAUUCAUCAAGGAUGUUUCACGCAGCUCCAAAUCAGGCCGAGCGAGGGAAUCGAACGACCGGUCACAGAGGCUCCCCGGAAUGCCAGAGGGUGACUGGAAAGAUGUUUCUGUCAACAAAAGGGAAUCAGUCAUUCAGGAGAGGGGUCAUGAGGGGAAUGCUUUUGGGGGUGGCUUUAAUUUUAAAUCAAACCUUGUUUCCAAGAAGAGAGGUCUUGAAAGAAAAAGGCGCUAUCAGUUUGACACAGAUGGAAAGGGCUCAGUUCUUGACCAGAAAGACUAUGCAAGAAAGAAACCUUUUGAAUGUAAUGAAAUGAGGAAAGCUGUGAGCAUGAGUAGCCUCUGCCCCCCGUCCUUUGCCGAGGCUCAGCCAUCCGAUUUUGGAGCAAUGCCUUAUGUGUGUGAUGAGUGCGGGAGGUCUUUCAGUGUGAUUUCGGAAUUUGUUGAACAUCAGAUCAUGCAUACGAGAGAGAAUCUCUAUGAGUAUGGUGAGUCCUUUAUUCAUAGCGUGGCCGUUAGUGAGGUUCAGAAAAGUCAGGCUGGAGGGAAACACUUUGAAUGUAAGGAGUGUGGGGAAACCUUCAAUAAGAGUGCCGCACUUACUGAACAUCGGAGAAUUCAUGCUAGAGAGUAUCUCGCGGAAUGUAAGGAUAAGGAAUACGAAGAAGCUUUCAUGCCCAGCCCGACCCUUAGUGAGCUUCAGAAAAUGUAUGGUAAAGAGAAGUUUUACGAAUGUAGGGUAUGUAAGGAAACCUUCCUUCAUAGCUCUGCCCUGGUUGACCACCAGAAAACUCAUGGUAGAGGGAACUUCGGUGAUGAGAAAGAUAAUGAACGUGGGGAGGCCUUCAAGCCCAGCCCAAACCUUAGUGAGUUUCAGAAACUGUGUGGUAAAGAGAAGAUUUACGAAUGUAAGGUGUGUGGGGAAACCUUCCUUCAUAGCUCAACCCUGAAAGAGCAUCAGAAAAUCCAUACUAGAGGAAACCUCUUUGAAAAUAAGGGUAAAGUCGGUGAGGAAACCUUUAUUCCUGGUCAGUCUCUUAAAAGGCGUCAGAAAACUUACACAAAAGAGAAACUCUGUGAAUUUAAAGAUGGUGGGGAUUCCUUUAUCCAAAGCUCAGACCUCGGGGAGCAUCAGAAAAUUCAUUCUCGAAAGAAUCUGUACGAGGGCAGGGGGUAUGAGAAAUCUGUCAUUCAUAGUUUGCCCUUUGCUGACUCUCAGAAGAGUCAUACCAUAACAAGACCACCCAAAGAUGAGGAGGACGAGAAAGCAUUUACUGUUAGCUCUAACCCCGACGAACACAAGAAACUUCCCUCUGUAGAAAAUGCCUGUGAGGCAAAACCAUAUGAGAGGUCUGUCAUUCAGGCCUUGGCGUUCACUGAACCUCAGAAGAGAAACAGUGCAGUGGAACUUAGUAAACCAAAGGCGAUUGCAACAUCCACCAUUCAGAGCUCAGACACGACUGGACAUGAGAAAGUCCAUGCCAGGGAGAUUGUCUAUAAAGGAAAAGAAAAUGGAGUAUCUGUUAUUCACAGCUUAGUUGCUCCUGAGUCUCCAAAAAGUCGCACUGGAAAUGAAUUUGCUGAAUGUGAUGAGAAGGGAGAACCCUCCCCUUAUGUUUUAGACCGUAACGAUCAACAGAAAAUACGUGCCGGAGAGAACCUGUGUGAAGGGGGUAAGAAUAGCAAAAUCACCAACUCAGUUAUACACAGUGUGUUUCACACUGAAUCUCAAAAAAGUCCUCCUGGAGAGGAAGCCGGUGAAUUUAAGAAGGAUGCUGAGGUCUCUGUUCCUAAUGCAAAUGCCCGUGAGCAUCAGAAGGCUCGUGCUAAAAAGAAAUACAUUGAGUGCAGGGAGUAUGUGAGCUCUGUAAUUCACUCGCCCCAGAAAAGUCUCACUAGAGAGAAAUUCUACGAGUGUCAGGAGUGUGGCGAGUCCUUUGCUCUUAGCUCCGACCUCAGUGAACAUCAGAAGGUUCAUGAUAGAGAGAAGCCUUCUGGAAGUAAAAUGUACGAAAGAUCUGUGAUCCGCAGCGUAGCACUUACCGACCCUCAAACAAGUUAUGCUGAAGAGCAAGCACAAAACAAAUGUAAAUACUGUGGGGAAAGCUUUGCUACUAGUUCAGACCUUGGCAUGCAUCAGAAAAUCUAUGACCAAGAGUUCCAUGGUGGGAAACCAUGUGGGACUUCUGUUAUUCAGGCCUUAGAACCGAGUGAGCCUCUGAAGGAAGACCCUGAUGAUACCAUCUAUGAGUGUAAGGACUGUGGGCUGGGCUUCGUUGACCUCACAGACCUUGGGGAUCAUCAGAAAGUUCACAGCAGAGAGUAUCGUACUGAACAUAAGGGAAAUGUGAAUUGUGUCAUUCAUAACUAUUCCUUUGGAGAGUAUAAGAAAAGUUACGGUGGAGAGCAGCUCUAUGAAUGCCCAGAAUGUGGGGCAUCUUUUGUUCAUAGCUCGUUCCUUUUUGAGCAUCAGAAAAUUCACGAGAGAGAGCAUGUGUAUGGUUUUAGGGGGUAUGAUGAGCCCUUUAUGCAAUUCCCGACCCCAAAUGUAAGGAAGAAUCGUGCUGCGCAGAGGCGGCCUCCUUCCGAGAGAAUCCUUAAAUGUCAUGUGUGUGGACAGAAGUUUGUUCGUAACUCUGUCCUUAUGGAACAUGUCAAAAUUCACACUGGAGAGGAUUUAGUGGAGCGUGGCAAUGUAUGUGAGGAUACUGUUGUUCCAGGCUUAGCCCCCACUGAGUUUCAGAGAAGUCAAACUGAAAAGAAGCUCCAUGAAUGUAAAACAUGCAGAGAAUCCUUUCUCACUCACUCAGACCUUAGGGAUCAUGUGAGAAGGCAUAAGAAAGGUGAGCCAUACGACUACGGGGCCUCCUAUGUCCAUACCUCGUUUCUCGAUGAGCCUCCCAAAGGGGAUCCACCAUUCUAUGAAUGUAAGGACUGUGGGAAAUCCUUUAUUCAUAGCACAAUCCUAAUUAAACACCAGAAACUUCAUCUUGAAGAAGCAGCCCAGGAAAUCGAAGCCAACUUUGUUGUUCGACAAGAAGUUCUGAGGAUUCAGGGAUCAAAUGUAGAGGCUGCGGAGCCAGAGGUGGAGGCCACAGAGCCAGAAGUGGAGGCCGCAGAACCGGAAGUGGAGGCCGCAGAGCCAGACGGAGAGGCUGCAGAGCCGCACGGAGAGGCCGAGCAGCCAGAUGGAGAAGCCGAGCAGCCAAAUGGAGAUGCUGAUGAGCCAGAUGGUGCAGGGAUCGAAGACCCAGAGGAAGGAGGUGAAGAACCAGAGGGAAAAGCUGAGGAGCCCGAGGGAGAUGCUGAUGAGCCAGACGGGGCAGGGAUCGAAGAUCCAGAAGAGGCUGAAGACCAGGAGCUUCAGAGCGAAGAACCAUACUACAGCUGCAGGGAGCGCGCAGAAGCCUUCACUGCAGACUCCGCUCACGGCGCGUGUCUGAAGAGCCAUGCCCGAGUGAUCAUCUACGAGCCGGGAAGCGUCUUCGGUGAAAGCUCACGCUACACUGAACGUGCGAGCACCAGCACCAGCGACAGGGAUGGGGCCGACGAGAAAUACUUCAGAUGUGACAUCUGCGGGCAGCUCUUCAUCGAUCGCCUGUCCCUUGCGAGACACCAGAGUUCCCAUACCAGCUGAGAACCCACAAACCAGGAAGUUGGAAAACCUUCAGUUAGACUUUGACCUUUAUUAAACAUCAGAGAAUUCAAAUUCAAACAGUCCCAUAGUAGUGUUGAUGGAAAGCUUAGCUUAGGGCGUUCACACACCACACUGGAAGGAAAGGGAGUGGAGGGCCUCCUUCAGUCGUGGCUCUCCCCCAUCAGACGUCAGCGUACGCCUGCGGGGAAGCCGUGGCUCUUCUCUUACCUUUCUUCCGAGUAAUCCUAUUGAGAAAAAAACCCAGGAGUAUUGACAACCAUAGAACUGUCCCCGAUCAGCUGUAAAUGACACAACCUGUAUAUAGUGUUUCCUGAGGUGUGUGUAAAUAGCUAGUCACAGCAAAACAGAAGUCACGUGCAUUUGGAUUUAACAUGCUGCACCACCACAGUCUUCUGUGUCAGGGCACCUUGCCUGGUGAUCCUUGAUGGGGAAGGGGAGGUGGGAGAGAAGGAGAGCAACAAAUUAGAAUCUAUUUGUAAGGAUCUUGGAUCCUGAGAGAGAGUUGUUGGGGAUUAUUUGAAUCCCAUCAGUAUCUUUUUGAGCAUUGACUGUGUUUUGCUCUCUUACUCUUAAAUGUUCUUGUGCAGGUGCAGGCAUGAAAAAUGCAGUAUGUUUUCCUCUUUGCUUUCUGGAAAGGAAAGUACUUGGGGCUUUCUUGUGCAGCCGUUUCGUCCACACCAACACUGUGGAGCCUCGUGCUCUGUAAACCUUUAUGGUACGUGUGUGGAUGGGCAUUGUGACCUGAGUGGCAAGUUGCCACACUGUACCUUGUGGUGGCUCUCAUGCCAAACUAGUAAAAGUUCUGUUUUUUCUUUUUACCCAGCUCAAUAUGUGUUCAGUACUGAGUUCCCCAAAUCUGCAGCUUUGCUCCGUAGGUCUCAUGCCUUUGCCUUUGGUCGUGGGUGCAGCCGUCACUGGAGGGCGGCAGUGCCUCGUGAGGGUCGAGGGCCUCGAGGAAGGGGUCCCACGUUGUAAGGGCGCAGGCUGGCGACCUUCAUCACUGCCCCGUGCGCUUCCCGCCGUGAGUGGAAAGUGACAGCGUGGCUUCGGUUGCCCGGGUAGCGUUAGUGCACCUGCCACAACUCGGUUUGCACCCUGGGUGCCCGCCCAGGAGCUGGUGUCCUUAGAUCUUUCUGUCGCUACGCUGUAUUCUCUUCUCCUUUACCUGUCUGGCCCUCUAACCUUGUGUCUGUCACAACAACCACAGAAGCUUUCUUUCCAUCCCACCCAGGCUUAACAGACUCAGGUGCCCUAGCAGCCUUAAUGUGUGAUGUUGCCGUCUGUUCGCCUUCCAGCCUUCUUAAGCAUUUCUGAGCUGUCCAUUAGUGUCGUGUUUGUCUAAUCUCAGUUUUCCACUUAAUCACAAAUUUACCUCACCACCUGAGGUUUCCUGUGUACUCUGCUGUAUUCCUUUGCUCCCCAGCUCCUCACAUAAUGAUUAUAUUAAGAAACUUUUAGGCCUUGAGUUGGCUGGAAAAAAAAAUGAAAAAUUAAAAAUAAAUUUAAAAAAUGGAUCUGUAGAUUAAGGGAGCAAAAACAGAGUGGAUAAUUUGAGGAAGCAAGAUUAAAAUACACACUAGGGAAAUGUGUCUAAGUCUCACUCGAAGAUCUGCACGAUAAGGCCUUCUUGUGGAGAGUGUCAGGGUUGCAGGGAGGCUUAGAGCUAGGAGCAAAACGCAGAAAUGAGUAAGCCAGAGAAGGGCGUCUCGGUGAGUUCACUAAACAUGAGAGGGAGCGGAGGAGAAAAGGCGCUGGAAGCAGGGGUCGGAAGGCCAGACUUUAGAGAAUGCGUGCAGUGGGGUGCCCUGAGCGGUGAGGAGGAAGAGGCCUCGCCGCGGCCUGGAGCACGUGCCUGUCGCGGUGUGCGAAGGUCCCGGGUUGGCUCGGACACACCGUGGAGCUGGGGGGACAGUGAGGCCCCCUUUAAGCGGGAGUCGGGGUCAGGGUGGUGACCACUGUCAGCAGCGUGAGUCGGUACACACCUUCUCAGAAAGCAACUUGCCAUGUUUCACGGUGUCUGUUGCAACUUUAUGGUGGUGAAAAAUUAGGAACUUAAUGCCAGACAAGAGGGGAACGAUGGCAUAAAUGAAUCUGAAGCAUCUUCUCGGUGAGCUUUCAUGCAGCCGUUUAAAAAUGAUAAUCAUGAGUUAUGUAGCAGCGUGGAAAUAUAUUUACGGAAUAUUAAGUGGAAAAGCAGGACACAAAAUUAUAUUUAUACUACAAUUAUAACUUUAAAAAAUGUAUGCUUAUAGUCAAAAGCUGGUGUGGUGGUGUAGGCUUAUAGUUGAGCAUUAUUUUCUUAAAUUCCUUGAAUGUUCUUUAUGGUAGUGUUGCUAAAAAGUUUAUAUUCACGUUUCCAUUGUGAACAUAAUUUGAACUCAUCAGACAUUUGCAAACUUCAGAAAAGUGGAGGAAAAAAAUCCAUAUUCCCACCCUCCAAAGACAGAUACACUCUCCAGUAUCUUGUUUGUUCUUGUUUCUGUGCACAGCUUUAUGAUUAUAACUGUGUCAAAAUAUGUAUUCAAAAUAGCUAUUAUGUUACCUUUGUGGAAUUAUGGUUAAAUACUUUUAAUUUUUCAAAUGUUUCUUAGUGUUCUGAUAACCAAGUUUAUCGCUGUGUUUCUGUUACAAGCUUAGUACUACAUACCCAGAGAAAAAAUGAGAAAGUACAAUAAAUUAGGAAAGGAAAAAAUUUGCCCUUAUUCCUAACACACAACUACUGUUAACAUCUUGAUACAUUUCCUCCAUCAUUUCAGUGCACAAGCUUGUGAUUAUAAUGGUGUUAAAUAUGUAUGCUUAUAAUCUAAAUUAAUGAAAAGAAAUGUGGAAAAAUAAUUAAAAUAGUUGUCAUGGGAUUAUGGUUAAAUAUUUUGUCUCAAAUUCCAUCAAUGGUCUUUGGUGUUUUGGUAAUAAAGUUUAUGUAUGUAUUUUCCAUUACAGAUACAAUACAUACUCAUAGAAAACUUUGGAAAAUUCAGUAACUUAGAAGAAAAAAAAAUCACUCAUUUUCCCAACACCAACUACUGUUAACAUCUUGACCUGUUUCCUCAGCUUGUUUCUGUGCACCGGUGUGUGAUUAUUAGGGUGUUACUAGAAGUACACGUAGAGUCAAAGAUGGGAAGAAAUACAGAAAACAAUUGAAAUAGUUGUGUGGUCUUUAUGGGAUUACAGUUAAAUACUUCGUCUUGGUUUCCUCGAAUGGUCUUUAUUAUGGUGUUUUGGUAAGCCACCUUUGUUACUCCUGUUUCCAUUAUAAACACAGUAUAUGUUCGUUGUAGAAACUUUGAAGUAGCAGAAAUGUAGAAGAGAAACUCACCCAUAUUUUCACCAUCCAAAGACUGUGGUUAACAUCUUGAUAUGGUUCUUCCUCUUGUUUCUGUGCACAGGUUUUUAGUUUGUUAAUAUGGUUGUGGUCGUUCCAGCUAUCUGUAAUAGUGUCAACAAUAAAGAUAAAGCUAAAAGUAA